AUCGCCCCCAGAUUCCCGCGCGCGGUGUGUCCCUUUUACUGUCUGGAUCUUCAGUCCCUGCGCUUUGCGCUCUGCAUGGGUGGACUUUCGUUCUCCAGUCACUACUAGUAGUCUUCACGCGCCUUAGGGAUCGAGUACAUCUCACCCAUUUGACUUACUUUUUUAACUAAAUCUCGUGUGCGAUUCAUGCGCCCUUCCUUUCGGGGCUCUAACUCUCUGUCUUGCUCCUUGGAGCUAUGCCUGCGGUUGUCGGAACUACUAUGACUUCGACACCCACUUCGCAAACUGCGAUCAUGGAAUCCUCAACAGCCGCAGAUAAGAAGCGCAAUAAGCUCGGCUAUCAUCGCACGUCUGUCGCAUGUGUGCAUUGUCGGCGACGAAAGAUACGAUGUCUGGUGGCGGCAGACGACGCUCAAGGUCGAUGUGAGAAUUGUAUUCGACUGAAAAAGGAGUGCCAAUUCUUCCCAGUUGAUCAGCAGCCGCAAAUCGAAAAGAAAGCUCGCCCAGGUUCGAACACGGCGUCGACCGAUCCAUCAACGGCCUCGUCCUCCCCACCGGCAGUGAGCGGGGGAGAACAAACCGAGGCCUUUUUCCCCUACCAGCCAAUACCGUUGAGUUCCGCUCCAGAUGUCGCGGCGUUCAACGCCGGGGCGUUCGCUGGAAAUUCCAUGACAUCGUUUGCGCCAGAUCGCAAUGUAGGGGCUCCUGAAUUUGCAACAGCACCGCCCCUCGAUCCCUCCGUACCGUGGGAUGAAUUCACCACGAUUCCAGCAGACGGUCAAAUGUUGGCAAACAUGUCGGCAGGGAAACCACAGAUGGUGAACAUGCCUUCCAAUGUAUGGAGCCCGGGACCUAACCCCAUGGCCACCAUGCCAAUGGCACAUGGGCUUCCGACCCCGACAGUCCCAUCACAACCGCAGACGCUCAGUCCCGCGCCGACGUAUGCUAUACAACCGGAUGGAUCAGUAUGGCAAGUGCCCCCAACACGACCUAUGACCUACCCUCCGCCACCAGACAUGGCUGCAGCACCAUACCACAACCCCGGCCAAUUCCAGCAACCUCCCCCGGAUAUGAGCUCCGAUAUGGCCAGCCCAGUACACCCUUUCCCGGGCAACCACGUUAAUCCGCAGAGUCCUCCACCGACGGACCUUCAAGGGACCCCGGUUGCAGUAACGUAUGCUGGUACCCCUGCAGCAAUGGGAUUUCCCGCCUGGCAAGACGUGAACAAUAUGUCGCCCAUGAACGUCGUUCAGUAUCAAAUGUAUGCCGGGGACGCUGCGCAACAAGCGUCGUUCGGCAGUCCACCCCCAAUGGGCCACCCGGGCCAACGACAGUCUCCCCGGUGAUGAACUAGCACGUCGGCAUUGAUUUCAGCAAGAAAAAAAGAAAAGAAGCUUCCGUUACAUAAUACCCAGUGCGAUCUUUUUUUUGCAUCUAUUCUUCGUCUACCCUCCACCUUUCUAUCGUGGGCAUUUCCUUUACAGCUAUUCAUUAGCGGGCGCAAAGGAUUUUGGGCGGCAUUUUCCAUCUUCGUUUCUUCCGUGAGACCCCUUUCUACACAUGUAUUUGAGGUGACAUUUGUACACAAGGGAACAGUUAGAUCUCUGAUGUCAUUGUCCUCAUUCUAUCACUUCAGCUCAG